AACGGGAGUAUAAAUAUAAAAACAUGGCCGCCGUAAAUGUGUCGAGUCUGCAGUUAAAUUUGUUUACGUAAAGUUUUGAGAUAGAACCUUCUUAUUAUAAGUCUAAAUUCAAAAUUAACUUAUGAGGUUUUAUGUCAGGAUGUCUGGAGAAACUAUAAGUGUAGCUGAUGACAACUCCAAGGCUGUUUCAACUAAAUAUGUCAAGCUUAAUGUUGGAGGUUCUUUGUUUUACACAACUUUGGGAACAUUAACUAAAAGGUCAGAUAGUAUGCUUCGGGCAAUGUUCAGUGGAAGAAUGGAAGUUCUAACUGACAGCGAAGGAUGGGUUCUCCUUGAUCGAAGUGGAAAACAUUUUGACAGAAUCCUGAAUUAUCUACGUGAUGGCAAAAUUCCAAUGCCUGAUGAUAAAACUGAACUGAAAGAACUGCUGACAGAAACAAAGUUUUAUUGUUUACAAGAACUUACAAAUGAGGUUGAAGAAGCAUUAAAAAGAAAAGGAGACGAUGUCGAACCACAGUGUAAAGUUCCACUGAUGACCUCUCUCAAAGAAGAACGUAUAAUUAUUGCACGGUCUGAAAAACCUGUCAUCAAGUUGGUUUGUAAUCGAUACAGUAAUAAGUACUCCUACACCAGUCAAUCUGAUGACAAUAUGCUGAAAAAUCUCGAACUUUUCGAUAAACUUUCUUUACGAUUUAACGGGCGGAUAUUAUUUAUAAAAGACAUUAUUGCGAACGACGAAAUAUGUUGCUGGUCAUUUUACGGCAACGGCAAAAAAGUGACUGAAGUUUGUUGCACGUCUAUUGUGUAUGCAACGGAACGUAAACAAACCAAAGUGGAGUUUCCCGAAGCACGUAUAUACGAGGACACUUUAAAUGUGCUGUUGUUCGAGGGGCGCGGGGACCUUGCGGCACUUGAUCAUGAAUUGUUGCGAGCAACGAAAGCUAUGAAUCGUAACCGCGAGCGUGAGCGCGAAGAAAAUGAAGAAGGAACAAGCAUGAGGAGAAAUCGGAUACAUCAGCUAGCAAAUGAUCCGUGAAGCGUGUUUCUGUUGCGUCGUCUGAAGCGCUUCAACAAAAGGCUUUCCAAUAGCGAUAUUGUCAGAAAAAAAAAAGAAUACUAUCCGGAAUUUAGAAGCAAAGUGGAAUCUAUUUGAUUCGAUUUCAGAAUAGCUUUGGACAUUCUAUAUAAAAGCGCUUCGCCUUUAUGACUUCUCAUGCUGUGAAGUAUAGACGUCUUUUUAUAUGAAUUUAAAUGUUUUUAUACAGCAAUAUUUCUUGGUAAUUUGUCCGUUUCUUUAAAUGUUGUCUACAAUGGAAUAUUUUUUUAGUUUAAAUGAAAGAGUUUUGUCAGUCCUAUUGUGUGUACCGAUUAUUUUUGUCUUUUUAAUCAUGUUCACACAUUGCGGAUAGAGAUCGAAUUUUGUACCGGAUAACGUGUUUGUCAUCGAGCCUAUCCGGAGUGCAAAACAGAACAAGUCCGUUCGCUCCGCACUGUAACGGUAUCAUGUGAACAAAAUCAAAGAAACAAAAUGGCGACAUUAAACGUAAGCUCACGCUUUCUCUUUCAGUGACUACCUUUUUUUUAGUCAGACCUUUUAUUUUGCCUGUGCACAAUGAUUUGUAUCCGCAAUGUAUAAACAUGGUCUCAUCUGUAUGUGAACAAAAAUUGUAUACGACGUCUUAGAUUUUCUAAUUUAUACUUGAUAAAAA